AGCACGUGUAUAGUCAGGCUGAGAAGAAGGUCUAGCGUGUCCAGUCAUAAAAAAGACAAAUACGAGCAAUGACCAUCAUCAAUACUAUCACCUCUAUACCAAGAUGACUUCAUCAACAGGAGCACAACAGGUGCCCUCACAGGAACAGCUAUUACAGCUUAUCGAUAGUAAUGGUGGUCACAUUAAAGACACACGUACCUUAUACAAAACCGAUUCAUCUGCGUCAGCUGGUCAAGAUGCAAAAGCAGUAGAUGAAGCAUUCAGGAGGAGAGCGGAUUGGCAAUUGGGCUUACAGGGUAUCUUGAACAGCCUGAAGAGUAGGGAAAUGAUCACUUAUACAGUCUUGAAUGAGAUCUCACACGUACCAUCCUCAGAAGGGCAUUUAAUCGCACAAGAGGGCUCACCAGAAGCCAGAGUCUGGUCCGCAUUACCUGCUGGAGGAAAAGAGGGAAAAGAUAUGGACGAAUUACGCAAAGCUUUGGGCGCAGAUGUGUUGAAGUUCGGACAAGGAAAAGCAUUUGCCAAGAAAUGGGUACGAAAAGAUCCAACAAACGAUAAAAAGUUGGUCCGUGUAGAAGGGUUGGACAGCAUUAGAGAUGAAACGCAAGAUGAUCUACGUGAGAUUAGCAAAAGUGGCCAAAUCGAUGGUGGAAGCAAAGCAGGAGAGAAGAAGCUAUUAGAGCUCAAGAAGCGUAACUUGAUCACUCCAAGAAAAUUGUUGUACUUUGACGUCGCAAAAGGACCCAAUUUCAGCCUAACGUUGGAGAAGCUGGAAACUGACUUGACAUCGGAAAUGCUGGUAUCUGGAUCUUGGAAGACUGCAAAUUUCAAGCAAUACAAUUUCGAUGCUGAAGGUGCUGUCCCUGCAGCAGGAGCAUUACACCCUCUGCUCAAAGUUCGGGAAGAAUUCCGUAAUAUCUUCUUUGAGAUGGGCUUUGCCGAAAUGCCUACAAAUCGUUUCGUAGACAGUUCAUUCUGGUGUUUCGAUGCUCUUUAUGUUCCACAACAACAUGCUGCCCGAGAUGUCCAAGAUACUUUCUUCGUCAAAGACCCUCAAGCAGCCAAAAAUAUUCCAGAAGAUUAUUUGAAAAGAGUUGUUGAAGCACACGAGAAUGGUUCUUUCGGCUCAACAGGAUACAGAUAUAAAUUCUCCCGAGCAGUGACUGAGAAACUUGUUUUGAGAACGCACACGACCGCCGUUUCAGCCGCGAUGCUUUACAGUAUCGCCAAUCAGCCUGGAGGUUUCAAGCCAGCUAAGCUUUUCUCAAUCGACAGAGUGUUCCGUAAUGAGGCAGUUGAUGCGACCCAUUUGGCAGAAUUCCAUCAAGUGGAAGGUGUGGUUGCCGAUUACGAUAUCACACUUGGUGAUCUGAUCGGAUUCAUGCAAAUCUUCUUUUCAAAGAUGGGCGUCACAAAUCUUCGUUUCAAGCCAGCCUACAACCCAUACACCGAACCUAGUCUGGAAAUCUUCAGUUACCAUGCCGGUCUAAAGAAGUGGGUUGAGAUUGGUAAUUCAGGAAUGUUCAGGCCCGAGAUGCUGCGACCGAUGGGAUUGCCCGAAGGUGUCAAUGUUCUGGGCUGGGGAUUGAGUCUGGAAAGACCAACGAUGAUUCGAUAUGGAAUUAACAACAUUCGUGAUUUGUUGGGACAUAAGAUCUCCAUUGAUUCUGUACAAAAGGCAGCAGCUGUUCGCUUCCCUUAAAAAAGUUAUUAAUAUACAUGUAUUCUCUCUGUUCAGGUGUGAUAGUACAAUUUGGAUAGGAAACAAGCACUUCAGACGCGCAAGUAGCGCUCGACGAUGGCAUUGGCCAAACGUGGAUUACCUGAAGUGAGAUAGAUCAAGUGUAGGUUGAAAGCUG